AUCAUACUCGACCAGUGAAUCGAGAAGGCUGACGCGACCCCGACAUAUUCAAACAAGCUUCAACGAUUCAGUGUCAAAAUAUAUUAGUCUAUAGUCUAUAUCUACACGACAGAAGUACUGUGCGCGGUGGGAAAAUGAAGCUGUACGCAUUUGUUAUACUCCUAGCCUUUUGUUACGUACAAUGCAAAAAAACAUAUGCGCCCAUAGACAAAAAUGCCAACAUAGCAUUCAUUAACAUGGAAGCUGGUGGUGUGGGACCGGGUAGUAAAAAAGUCCAACCUACACCAGCGCCUAGCAAAGCCCCGGUACCUCCAACUCCAGCUCCGCAACCUGUAACUACAUAUAAAUCAGCACCGACUACUGUUAAACAGGCCCCGAUACCAGCGGUACCAGCAACCAACCCUCCUGUCCAAAUCAGGCCAAAACCAGUAAAUCCUAGUCCUGUUGUUAAUCCAAUAACAACCCCUGGACCUGGUACCGUCAAGCAGCUUGUCAACUUCUACGAUAGCCAAGGAAAAGCGAGCCCUAUUCGCCCCUACAGUUACAGCCAAGCAGUGAAACAAGGCUAAACUAUUUAGAAAGAUUGUUACGUAACUCAAAUUUUGAGUAAAAUGCUUUGAGACAUCAUUAUAGCAAUAAAUAAUGAUUAAUAUAUA